CGCGCGCUGUCGGCGUACACGUUCCGCGAGAGCGCGACCGACCGACCGCCCGCGAAAACACCGAAAAAAUUUUUUUAACCGCGCUUUGCAUAUCGCGAAUUUGCAUCCAGCUAAGGUUACACACAAAAAUAACUUCUCGAAAUGUGCGCGGCUGGCGUAUAAUCUACGCAUCCACACUACAAUCAAUGGAUAUUAAAACGUUAACUCAGCUAAAACAAGUUUAAAGUGACUUAAGUGUUAAGUGGCUUUGUGUUUGGUGUGCGUGUGUGUCAGAGUGUAAAUAAUAAAAUUUAUUUGUGAGUGAAUGAGUGAAUAUAAACAACUAUAUCAAAGGAUGAGUAUUGGAUCAUCAACCGCAGCGAGUUUAAUAUCGAUCCGAUAUCCAUUAACCCACCGACGACAUGAGCACAAGACGGCAGCUAAUUUGUAAAGCCGGCAAGCUCAAAGCUCACGCCGCCGGCAUCAUGUGAACAACUAACAAACAUGACUUAGUGUGAGUGCGCGUGCGUGGACGACUUUACCAAAAAAAACGUGCGCAUCCCGCUUUCGUAUGGCGUCGAAUUACACCGCAACGAACGCGACCAAUCAGACGACGACGAACAACACGUUCAUAAUCGAAGAGACUCAGAUCUACACGCACAUCCAAACAAUCGUCAUCUCGCUGAUACUAAUCGUCGUCAUCUUCGGUACGAUUGUCGGUAAUAUUCUCGUGUGCGUCGCCGUUUGUUUGGUGCGCAAAUUACGCCGACCCUGUAAUUAUCUGCUAGUGAGCUUAGCCGUGAGUGACUUGUGUGUUGCGACACUUGUAAUGCCAAUGGCGAUGAUGUACGAAAUCAAUGGCGAAUGGAUCUUUGGUGAGAUUACGUGUAACCUCUGGGUGAGCUUCGAUGUCCUCAGUUGUACGGCGUCAAUCCUCAAUCUGUGUAUGAUCAGUGUUGAUCGGUACUACGCCAUUACAAAACCGCUUGAAUAUGGAGUCAAACGCACCCCGAAACGGAUGAUACUCUGUGUUUUCCUCGUCUGGUUUGGUGCGGCGUGUAUCUCACUUCCGCCGUUGUUAAUCCUCGGGAAUGAAUUCAAGGCGGAUGUGGAGGAAGAUGGACAAAUGAAGAUGAUUUGUUUGGUGUGUCAAUCGUUUGGCUAUCAACUGUAUGCCACACUGUGUAGUUUCUACAUUCCGCUGGCGAUUAUGCUCGUCGUUUACUAUAAGAUCUUCAGCGCUGCGCGGAAAAUCGUGAUGGAUGAGAAGCGUGCGCAGAGCCAUCUUGAAUCGCAUUGCUAUCUGGAGAUCAGCGUCAAGAACGGCGACGGCCCGCCGGAGAACAAGAUCUCCAGCCAGUCGCCCUCGCCGGCGAAUCCAAUUAAGGGUAAUCACAGAUCCAGCACUGCCAGCACGAACACGACGUGCAGCAUAGAAAAAUCCACAUUCGGUCGGUGUUUUGCAUCACGACGUAGCAACGAAUCACAAUGCCCGAUGUUAACGUCAAAAUUACCAGCGCUGAACAGCAAAACCACCACCUCGCUCAAACAGAAACAGAAGCCGAAACAUGGCAAGACUAAAUCCAAUCUGCUCACGAUGAAGACCUCGCCGAGCACGACCAGUUCCAACCAGAAGAAGCUGCGUUUUCAGCUCGCCAAGGAACGCAAAGCGAGCACGACACUCGGGAUUAUAAUGAGCGCAUUCACCAUCUGCUGGCUGCCAUUCUUUGUGCUAGCACUCAUCCGACCAUUUCUCGAAUCCUCACAGACCAUGGACACGCUGUCCAGUUUCUUCCUCUGGCUGGGCUACGCCAACAGUCUGCUGAAUCCAAUCAUCUACGCGACACUCAACCGUGACUUUCGCAAGCCGUUCCAAGAAAUACUCUACUUUCGUUGCGGCAGUUUGAAUCACAUGAUGCGCGAAGAGUUCUAUCAUAGUCAGUAUGGUGAUCCGGAUCAUCACAUCAGCAAUCGCUGUCAUGAUUAUGACGAGGGCGUUGAGUAUAUCGAAGCGGAGGGUGAACAAUUAAAACCACCUGAUAUGAAUGCGGCGCAUGAGUCGUUUCUGUGAUGAUGCUGAUGUUUAAAUCAAUGUGACAAUUGUGACGAGACUGAUCGCGACAAAGCAAUAAAUUUAGACUUGACGCCAAGCAAUAUAUCUGUUUACACAAGGGUAUAAAUUGCACAGCGCUGCGUGGCGAGAAUACGAAGAAAACUUUUUUUUCGGUGGAGAACAUUUCUAACGCAAUUUCGAUAAGUGUUCAGUGGUUAAAUAGUGCUUCGUGUACGUGUGUUUUAUUUGUACCAAAGAGAUGAGAGAAAAAAAAACGCGCAACAAUUUUCCAAAUAUCAAAACUGUGUUUAUAUCGAAAUAAAACUUUUUUUUAUGAUUUUUUGAUUUUUUUUUUUCAUUCUCGUAAAUCCUGAUGGACAUACACAUAUAUGUAUAAAUCUCAUAUUAAUAUUCAUAUCACGAUAUCACAAUGCAAACAUGAAAAUAUUUUAAUCGGCGCCUCCACCAAAUCAAAAAAUCAAAUAUUUAAUUUAUUUUUAUUUUUUUAAAGAUUAUACUGAUAAUUUUAACGUAGUUUAAUAUAAAUUAAAUUUAUCAUCAUGAUUGCUAUCAGAACCGUCAUUAAUUAUAAGUUCUUGUCCGAUUUUUUGCUUAUAAGUACAAUAUCCGAGCAUAUUUCUCGCCGGAUGACAACCCGAAUGAUUUAUUCACUUUAUCGCCUUUUUUAUGUGUAAUAAUUUUGCUAAAUGAAGCAGUUUCUGAGCACUUCAAUGUUUCAUCAUUAGCGUGGAGAUUCUCGCUGCUCGUGCUAAGCCGUAACAAUAUGUAAACUUCAUUGAACAAGCCAAAACUCCUUAUAAAUUCGUAUUCAUGGCAUAGGAUGAAAUAUUAUAUUAUGCGCCUGUUUUGCUAGCAACAGUGUCGACGACUUAAAGAGGUUUAUACUGUUAUUUUUACUUUUUAGUGUAUAUUUCAUUUCCAAACAUAAUUUUCGGCUUAAUUUUUUUAUUUCUUUCAUUUUGGGGUUUUUAAAAGUGUAAAUUGUAAAUAAAAACAUAAAAUAUAUAAAAAUAUAAGAUAUAUGUCCUAAUAUCAUGUAUAGAUGAAUGAAAAUGUCUAUUCUAGUCAUACAAACUCGUAUUUUAAGUACUCUUGAUAAAACUAAACAUAAACAUGUAAACUUCUAUUUUUCUAUGUAAAUAACGAUAAAAUUCGCGCAUUUCUCCGAUUUCUGUUGGUUUUUAAACUCCGUCCGAUUAUACAAUAGCACAUACAAUCAAUACUCAUUUUAUGCUCAUUGUUAAAUAAUAUUUAUUUGAUCCUGUGCAGAUUAAAAGUCAUUUCCGCGCAGCUGCAGAAUCAUUUAUUGAUGUCGAUAUUUCCGCUUUAUUGACGCUUUAUACGUGCUUUCCCAUGCGGAGAUCAUCUUUUUGCCAAUUAACUGAUUUAAUAAACGAUACGCAUUGCUUUCAACACAAAAUAUAUACAGGGAGUUACUUUAUUCCACUAAAAAAAAUAAAAUCAAAACUUUUUUCUAUAUUCUAAUAUUUUAAGACUGAGACAAUCCGAAACUAUGAUUUUACUUUCAAUUAUAUUUUAAAUAUAUAAUCAUAGAGAUAAUAUGAUUGCGUACAUAAAAUUUAUGAUAUAAAGCAUGAAAACAACGUAUACUUGUGUAAGUAACAUUCAUUCAAUGUUCUAAAUGUAACAUACAAGAAUAUUCUAUAUAAAAAUCUAAAUCUACGCAAAGGAAACAAAAAAUUUAACAUAAAUACAACCACAGGGUAGGCCUAUACUUUUCCAAUGACGUGAUGCAUAGAGAAUACUUUUAGUGUACAUGUAAAACUAUUAAAUGAUAAAACGGCAACUAAAUGUAAACGUAAUUUUAUUCUGUAGCUGUAAGCAAAAUAUAUAUUGAAAAAUUUGAAAUUUGUGGGGAAAAACAUUGUAACUAUUGUCUGUAGAACUGUACGACUCUUUAUAUUUAUGACAAAAUAAAUAAAUGAUGCAAUUGA